AUGAUGUUUUAGUAGUUUGAUACUACUUGAUAGUUUCCGCCGUUUUGCGGUUGUUUAUUUUUUUUUCUCGUUUCCAUUCUUCAGUUCCUGUUACUCUACCAUCCCUCCUCCUCCUCCCUCCCAUCUCUACUCAAUAAUUACUCUUUCUUGAACCCCAUUCUUGUUGAAGAACAUGGAAGAAGAUAAUCUAUACAGAGGUAUUGUUGGAAAGGACAGAAUGUAGCAAUCAGAUUGAUUGUUCUCCCCCUCUCGCCUCUCAAGUCCUAAGCUUUGACUUCCUGUGCUUCGGAAAUGGCGUUUCGAUAUCGAAGCUUUAGACGAGUUUUGACCCUUGUGCCGCAACUCCUCUCAGGUCAGGGAUGUCAUGAAUGGGGGGAAGCAACUAAAUUAGCUUCCUCUUUGAUUCCGUUGGCUCAUACAUUGGAAUUUGUUGAUAAAACUGCUGCAUGGAGAGGCUUGCAUAUCUCAAGGUGUGGCAGUUUUUCCAGAUUGUCAACUUUUGCUGAGACCUCAAAGGGGGUCUCUCAUGAAUUGGACCUAGUUGCAUUUAUCAGAUCAACGUUGGAUCAUGUAGAAGGUCCAUCUCAUCGCUGGAUAAAUAUAUCUGAUAGUAACAAGGAGUUCUUGAACAAAGAUGGUGCCACUUUGCUUGUCGCUGGAGCAUUUUUGGAUGAUCCUGCUGGAUCUCAAGUUGAUCAAAUUAAUAUGCUUGGAAAAGUGAAAUUAGUCCAGCAAAGGUACCCAUGGAUCCAAAUUCUUGGAUUUAGGUCUUGCUCCUCAAUUUGUUCUACAGUGGAUCAUGAUCACCUUGUCAACAUUAUCAUGGAAGAAUACAUUACCUUUCCAAUAUUGUUGUGCAGUAAGAUAUUCCCUGAGAUAGCUGCUGGUGGAUGCAUGUUAUUGAAAGGUCUCAAAGAUCCUCCAUUGUAUCAUGGGAAGGACAUUGAUUUGAGUACUUUUAUUGAUGCUAUCAAGGACUUGGGCCAGCAGAUUAAGCAUGCUGGGAGUGCUAAUAAAUUAGACAGUCCUUGGUCGAAGCAUUGCGAGGAAUUCAAGGAACCUUAUGCUUGUUCUUAUAUGCAGAAUUUGAUUCUUUCUCUUCCAGCCUGCAUUUCAGCUGAUGGAUCUGGCAAUAGAAUUUUUAUUUCAGACAGCAAUCAUCAUCGAGUGGUUAUAUUUGAUGAUAAUGGAACGAUUUUGGAUGUGAUUGGUUCAUCCCCAGGUUUUGAGGAUGGGGACUUUGAAAGUGCCAAACUAAUGCGUCCUGCUGCUUCCUAUUAUCAUGCUUCAGAAGAUUGUCUGUACAUAGUGGACUCAGAGAAUCAUGCUAUCAGAAGAGCUGAUUUUGGCAAAAGAGUUCUAGAAACACUACAUGCAGCUUCCAUUUACAAAGAUAGAAAUGGAUUCUGGACAUGGAUCUUGGAUAAGCUGGGGUUUAGAAGAGAUGCUGGCAUGAAGCCUGUUGAAUUUGAUUCAGAGUCAUUGUUAUUUCCUUGGCAUCUACUAAAGUCCGUGGAUGAUGAACUCUUAAUCAUGAACAAAAGAUUUAACAGUUUAUGGAUUAUGGAUAUACAGAGUGGCAUGAUCAGAAAUGUCGUCAAAGGCCAAAAAAAUAUGAUGGAGAUCUGUGGCCAACAAAUUGUGGAUAAAGUUUCUCCCUUAAAAGAUCUCUCUCAUGAUUUCCUUCAGCAGUUAGUAUAUUCUCGUUAUAUGCUAGGAGAUAUCACAAAUUCUGGUCUUGUAUCGUCAUUUAUUGCCCGAGAAAAUCGUUUGCUUUUAUGUGAUACAGUUGCUCAGAGGGUUUUGAUGAUAAAAAAAGAUGAUACUUCCGCGAGUAUUGAAUUUUCAAACCUCGGAAAUCUUGGCCUACCUUAUUGGUUAUCUUGUUGUUCGGAGACGGCUUUUACCACGAGCAAUGUUUACAAGGAAGCUCAUGUUGAUCAUCUUCAGUCUUUCACACUGUUUCCGGGUAAAGUAGAUGUGCAUUUGAUUAUAGAUAUUCCUGGGGAUACUGAGCUGGUAGAACCUUUGGAAGAAUCUUGUGUUUGGCGUCACGUUAGAGGGGCUGCAUUGGAUGUUUCACGAAUGGAUAGUACUGUUACAACUGUAGAAAAGGUCGGCGUAGCUCAGAAAUGGUAUGAUGAUUUGGAUGGUCUUGCUUUCGAAGUAAAACCAGAGGUCUCCUCAGAAGUAAAAACAACUCCAGAAAGAAACUUGGAAGAUGGUAAAAUUCACAUCGAAUGCGCUAUCAACACAAGCCCAGGGACAAGCGAGGUCAUCAUAUUGGCUCCGCUUUACCUGAAAAUACGAAAUAGUUUAAAGACUUGCAAGGAAAAUCAAGAAAAGGCAGCUAUAAUAGCAGAAAUUCUGAAACCCGAUAGACGAAGUGCAAGGCAUGCACUUGUUCGUUCGUUAUUGAGCUUAAAGAGAGACUUGGGAGAAGUUGUGUUCAUCAAGCCAUUGUUCGUAAAGCUAAAAUUCGAGAUCUUGAAUCCUCCAAAUGCCCAGAACUCGAGGGACAUCAUAUUAACUGAUUCAGCAGUUGAUGUUAAUGUUUCCCUCAGUUAAUACCUUGAAGAUUCUAUAAGUUUUAUCAUUUUAUGUGUCAUGUACAACAGCAACAGGAUGGUCUUUUAUAUGAAUCAUAAAUUUGAAAAUUUUGAUGUUAUCGAAGAUUUUGUUGUAAAACGAUUUUUGCCUCCUAAUUAUUAUGGAAAUGACAAUAUAUUUUUCUAAA